GUUUAGGAUGGGUUUGGAGAUGCUCUAAAAAGUUUGCCUAUUUUUUGGGAUAGAAACAGGACGAAGGAAACGAAUGCUGAUUUUGUGGGAUACGGUGCAUUACAACUUACAAGGAAGAGUUAAAAUCGGCGGGAAAGCAAAACCAUGAGUUUCUCAGAAUUGACACGUGACAUAGAAUAGGUGUUUGAAGAGUGUCAUGCGGAAUGGUUGCAGCACAGCGUAGAGGCGGAGGAGAAGCCGGCAAAUUAGGGGACGAUUGCUUCACGUAAUAACGGGAAGGUGACACAAGACAUGGAUCUAGGAUGCUGUGAAUCAAGUGUUGAUAGCUUUUCUUUGGAUUUGUUGGCCAAGGAUAUAAAUAAAUGUGUGAGGUGUAUUGGGCCCAUGGCAAACAAGUUUGAAGAUCUGGGCAAACGUAUACAACUUAUGGAGAAGAAGUUAAAAAAAUAUCAACAAUAUCAAGAGUAUAAGUUUGAGUUUCCUAAAGAGGAGAAGCCAUCUUCUAACAACCCAAAGGUACAUAUACCAGCUUUCCCUGAGAAGUUUGAUCGUGCUGUCUUUUGCAAAUGGGUAAAGGAUGUAGAAUUGUAUUUUGAGUCUGGUUGUGUCUUGGAGCAUGAAAAAGUAAAACAUGUAGUCUGCACAUUGCCACGCGAUGGAGAGACUUUUAAAUGGUGGCAAGGUAUCGAAGAGCUAAGCAAGACAGUCGAUAAAAUACAUGUCAUUAAGUGGAACGAGAUGAAGAGGUUGGUUGUGUAUAAGUUCCUUUGUCCAAAGAUUGUUUGAUAGCUAACAAAACAUGCUAUAUGUUUCUUUGUGAUGGAUUUGGAAUUUAAUGGAAUUGCAUGUAUUUGGAAUGUAAGGAAAAUUAAAUUCCCUUUCGGUUGUUUGCUUGAAAA